CCCACGAAACUGUUCGUCGAAUGUUCGGUUCGUUGAGAGCGUAGUCAAAACAGUCAACACAUGUCCCCUGGUUUGUGUACAUCGUCUCUCUUCUUCUAAACCAUUCGACGACCAAUUCCAGCGAGUCAAACAACUCUCAUCGCCAUUCAAUCAUCGUCACUGUUCAACCGUAUAAUGGCAGACGAACACGCGGGCACUAGCAAUGUUGCUGGUGAAAGUUCUGAAUUAGUGGUGGACAUUCAUAUCAAGACACUUGAUUCACAGGUGUACGAUUUUCGUGUCGAUAAAAAUAUACUGGUUUCAUCAUUCAAGGAGAAAAUAGCUAGUGACGUUGGCCUCCCAGUUGGACUGCAACGAUUGAUCUUUAGGGGCAAGGUUUUAAAAGAUGAACACCGUCUGUCUGAAUAUCACGUUGAAAGUGGACACACAUUGCAUCUUGUGGCUAGACAAUCUUCUGAAUCACAACCUUCCACCGGGACAACUGCAAACGGUAGUAACACAGGACAAGAUGCUAAUGCUGCCGGUUCACGUCCUCGUAUCGCCCAUAUUUCACACAGUGUUGUACUUGGGACCUUUGGUGGCGGGGACCCAAAUCUUGGUGGGCCUCAUGAUAUUAGUCGGGUUAUAUCAGCUGUUUUAGACUCCUUUGGAGUUCGGGACGGUAGUCCACCAGUGCCACCACCAAAUAUGCAGUUCAACGUUCCUAGGCAGGCUGCCCAAGGAAAUGAAGGCAGAGUUAAUGUCAACAGUCAAAGUCAACCCGAAAACGCUAGUCAAUCUGCCCCUCAAAGGAUGCAAAUUCCUUUAGGAGCAGGAAUAGCUAUAUCGACACUUGCUACGCCAAUUCCUGAUUCAUUACACACACUUUCAGUGUUUAUGAAUCACAUGGAGCAGGCAUUGUCACAGAACGGGUAUCAACCUUCAAAUGGCGCUGAACGCACACCAACUAUAGAAUUGCCUUCCAGUGCUCGUGGUGUGCCGCUACCUGCUGCUCUGGCCGUUGUUAUGCGACAUGCACAACGGCUUCUCAGUGGGCCCGCCAUCGAUUCUUUAUCUCGUACUGCGGGCCGAUUAGAGGGAGAGGAGAGUUGCACCGACCCCACGGUUAGAGCGCAAAUCCAGUCAGAAGCAAUGCAAUCAGGGCUUGCUAUGCAACAUUUAGGCGCGCUUCUGCUUGAGCUUGGUCGGACAACGCUAACUUUGCGUAUCGGACAGUCUCCUGCUGAAUCAUCCGUACGUGCUGGACCUGCUGUUUACAUAUCUCCAUCAGGGCCUAAUCCUAUUAUGGUUCAGCCCUUUCCUCUACAAACUAAUUCACUGUUUCGCGGUAACGCUACUCCCAUGAAUUCUACCGGUUUCGGUCCUGUCGGUUUCGGUCCUGUCGGUAUCGGUGCUGUUCCAAGACACGUAAAUGUUCAUAUUCACGCAGGAAUCGGUCAAAGGGGAACGGCCAAUGAAGGAGAACGUGCUAAUGGAGCUACGACUGGAGUUAAUUUGCAAACUAGAAGGGUUGAUGAUAGUACGAGAACGGAAAAUCAGAGACGAGGUCAGCAAGCAAAACCCGAGGCCUCUAGUAGCAGUGUACCUCCUGUUAACGCACCGGGUGACCAGGUGGACCCUGCUGCAAUCAUGAACCAAGUUAUCGAGAGUCCUGCUCUAGACGGUCUGUUGUCGGGAGUUUCAAACCAAACCGGGAUUGGAUCACCAGACGCGUUAAGGAAUAUGUUAGGUCAACUAACUCAGAAUCCUGCAAUGAUGAACGUCGUCAAUCAAAUUGCUCAACAGAUUGACGAUGAUCAAGAUAUGAGCAACAUGUUUGCCAGUAUGGGCGGACCUAGUGGCGGCGGCGGCGAUGAUGGUGGUUUUGAUCUGUCAAGUAUGAUUCAACAGAUGAUGCCCGUUGUUGCCCAAGCUUUUGGCGGUGAUAGUUCUGGUUCUGGUUCGGGCUCAAAUAUGUUUCAACAACCACCUUCCAUGGAUCGCGAACUUCAGCCUACAAGCGUCAAUGAUAUUCCAAGCGAUCCUCAGGUAAACCUUGAAGAUUCGGUUGAUAAGAUUGAACAUGAUGAGUCAUCAGAAGAAGUUUUAUCAUCUGUUAUUAAAGCUGCUGCUCGCAUGGAUGACAAUGGCGGCAAUGCCGAUGAGCUGUCUGAGAUUUGCUCAGAUGAGGGUCUUGCUAAUGAAUUUAUGGAUAUGUUGAAGCGGGAUGUUUCACGAAGGGUUGAAGAGGAGGGUGAGUGACGGUCGUGUUCUCGUUUGUGAUCAUGGUUUUAUGGAAUUUUGUACAAAUGACCCGAAUCAUGAGAUGUUGGUCUCUUGAUAUGAUUGUCGAAAUGGUAUAUCUAUAACUUAUUAAACGCGGCUCAGGGUUACCCAAAUACUUGCUCUUCCCUGAAAAAGAAAUUUGAAUUCGGUAUAUAGUUUAAAAAGCCUUGGCCCGAAUCGAAA